UCUAUAAAUUGUGGCUGGUGAGAUUUCGGAGAUCGAAUACUUUCUCUUUCUUUGGUCUUCUUCCUUCUUUCAAUUCUUCCUUCCAAUUUGAUCGGUUAAUUUAUUUCUAAGGAUUCCUUAGAAGAAUCUGCAAUUGGAGAAACAGGCUGAUCUGUACAAAACUGAACUUUCUAUGGGGGAAGAAGUUCCUGAAUUUGGUUUUUGUAACACUGAAAAUUGUCCACCUGUGGUGCUUGAUUCAGAACCACAAGGCUAUGAGACCUUAACAAUCAUUGGUGAUAAAGUAUAUUUAGUUUGUGGAUCUGAAGGCAUUCCUAACAUGUCAAUUAACAUCAAAGUUUUGGACAAGCAAACGGGCAAAUGGUUGGAGCCUGUUGUAUUUGGCGCAAAACCGGUUGCAAGUGAAGGGUUUUCGUCUAUUAUUCUGGAUAGUGAACGGGUAUUGAUACUUCUAAGAGAAUCUUCAACAGAUAAUAGCAUCUGGUUCCUUGAGGUAGACACUCCUUUUGUUAAACAGAAAAGGAAGCAGCUUGGCAUUGAGGUAGUGGCCUGGAGUAAGGGCUUAAUAGGAUAUGGAUCAAAGCCUAUUGUAAUUAGUGGCCCCUCAGGAGUUGGCAAGGGCACCUUAAUAGCAAAGCUAAUGAAAGAAUUUCCAUCAACUUUUGGGUUUUCUGUAAGCCACACAACCCGAGUUCCGAGGGACAAGGAAAUGAAUGGAGUUCAUUACCAUUUCACCGAGCGGAACAAGAUGGAGAAAGAUAUACAGGAUGCGAAGUUCCUUGAAUCUGCAUUGGUUCAUGGAAACCUGUAUGGAACAAGCAUAGAGGCAGUUGAAGCUGUUUCUGAUGCAGGGAAGAGAUGCAUUCUUGAUAUUGAUGUUCAAGGCGCAAGAUCUGUGAGGGCUAGCCCCCUUGAAGCAAUAUUUAUCUUCGUUUGCCCUCCAUCAUUUGAGGAGCUUGAGCUACGACUUCGUGCACGUGGAACAGAGACUGAGGAGCAGAUCCAAAAGAGACUAAGAAAUGCCAGAGAAGAGCUUGAACAAGCAAAAACCGCAGGCCUUUUCGAUCAUAUGUUGGUAAAUGAUAAGCUCGAGUCAUGCUAUCAGAAUCUAAAGAAAAUACUUCUUCUAGACGAAAAUGACAAAUCACCAUAUCAACCUUCUAUGAAGAGUUUCAUAGUUCCAUUCUCUCACUCGAUAUCCAAAGUAGAUCAGAAGGUCUUAAUUCACUGUGGAACUAAUGAACUCAGUGCAUCUCCUUCAACCAAGUUCAUUCUUGAUGUGUCUUCACUUAAAGGAGGAGCACCUGGUCGCACAAGAGGCCUAACUCUAUCUACCAUAAAUUCAUAAUAAGCAGGCAGCCAUUGAUAACCUCCUUUUUACUUAUUUUUUAUCUGUUUGAACUUCUCUUUGGGCAUUUCAUUUAGGAUAGCACAACUGGUUUUGUUAUCUUCUUUAAGGUUUUUGAUUGACUAUUGCUUUAAAGUUUAUGAUUAUAACUUCGUUUGGGACGGCUUUCUUACUGCUUCUCAAAACAAUAUUUUAGUGCAAAAUUAAAAGCUGUUUUAAAAAACAGUAAGAAAGUUGUCCCAAAUAAAGCCAUAUAUGUUGAGUUAGAAGUGCUAUUUCCAUUUAUGUCCCUUCAGCAGUAGCUUCUACUGCUACCACAUUCUUUAAAUGAUGGAAAUUGAUUAUUCUGUGAAAGAUACAGUCUGAAAGUGUACACAAUGAACUUACUGAUAUCAAAGGAAGCUUUUUUUGUCCAA